CUAGUCCACUUUACCCUCUUUAGCCCAGUCAACUCGUGCUUCUCAUUUGCACUUUUCUGCUACUGCAGAACUGCCUCUUGUUCUUGUUUUUGCUCUGACAUAAGUUUUAGUUAAUCUGGUUCUUGUUAUUUAUUACAUUCUCCUGGGGAACUAGAGAUACACUUACAUCCGAAGGCACACUAAGAAACAAUGAAACCCUGGUAUCAAAUGGUGGGAUUUUCGAGCUUGGCUUCUUCAGCACUGAAAGCUUUUCAGACUAUCACUAUCUGGGGAUAUGGUUGAGAGCUGAUGCAAACAAGGUUGUCUGGGUUGACCGUGAAAAUCCCAUUUUGGGUUCAUCUGGCUUGCUUCAAAUUUGGUCUGGGAAUUUGGUUCUCACGGACAGGCGACAAGUGCAAUUGAUAGUCAAUUCUGGAUAUGUUGCCACUGCCACAACUAACACAAGUGCAACACUUCUUGACACUGGAAAUUUGGUCCUUAAGGAAGCAGAUACGGGUACUAUUAUAUGGCAGAGUUUUGAUAUUCCAAGCGAUACGUAUCUUCCUGGUAUGAAACUUGGGUUGUUUGGCCUAAACAGUACAAACAAGCCAGGCUUUCACAUGCUUGUUUCUUGGGUAAGCCCCGAAGACCCUGCUCGUGGCCUCUUCACCUUAACUGUUGAUGGCACCAACUUAACAAAGCUUAAAGUUUGGCGAGGAGAUGGAGCAAAAAUGGAUAUUGCUUUUUGGGACGGACAUGGGUUACAGUUUGUUUUUGAGAACUCAACAGGGAAUAAUAACUACAACUUUAGUUACCAGUCCAAUAAAUAUGAGGCCUAUUACACUUUUAGCAGCAGUCAGAAGUAUGAUCUCAUGUGGUUUGUAUUGGCUUCCACUGGAAACCUUGAACAGUAUGUUAUGUUGGACAAGAAGAUUUCUUCUGUGAGUCAUACUUUGUGUGAGGAUGGUGGGAUGUGCUUGACUUCAGUACCCUCUAAGUGUGAUGAUGGUGGUACUUUUCUUGAGAUGAAUGGUUCUUUGCCAUCUACAUAUAAUAGUGGUUCCAUCAAUACGAGGGCCAGUGAUUGUGAAAUUUUAUGCAAGAACAAUUGUUCUUGUACCGCAUUUGCUUCAGUUCAGAAUGAAGAAACUGGAUGUCAACUUUAUUAUGGGAGUAAACGUGAAUUAUUGAAGAUUAUAGAGAAGGGUCCAGGGAUUAUUUACAUCCGUGGUGGCACUCCAAGUGAUGGUAAGAAGUGGAAGCUGUGGUUGGCUAUUGCAGUUCCUUUGGCUUUCCUCUUGGCUCUUAUUCCAAUCUCCUUGUCAUGCUAUUUGUGUCGACGUAAAGAAGAUCAGGUAACCAGGUGGAAAGCCUAUUGUGAUCAAGUAAGAUUAUUCCAAAUGGGCUCCAAUUUUGCAUCAACAGUUCCCCAUGAUGAAGUUGGAGGAGGUGCAGAUAACAUUGAAAUAGGCAGACUGAAGGAUCAAGAAUUGCCCUUAUUUAGUUUUUCUACCAUAAAGACUGCAACAGAUAACUUUGCAGAUACUAAUAAACUGGGGGAAGGUGGAUUUGGGCCUGUCUAUAAGGGCAAGUUGCUAGUAGGACAGGAAAUUGCAGUCAAAAGGCUGUCCAAAAUUUCCCGGCAAGGAUUGAGGGAGUUCAAAAAUGAAGUCUCAGUAAUUUGCAAGCUCCAGCACAGGAAUUUGGUUCAGCUUUUGGGGUGCUGCAUUGAAGCAGAAGAGAGUAUACUAAUUUAUGAGUACAUGCCCAACAAAAGUCUGGAUUGCUUCAUUUUUGAUUCAACCAACCGGGCACUUAUGGAUUGGAGGAGGUGUAUUGGCAUCAUUGAAGGGAUUGCUCAAGGUCUUCUCUAUCUUCAUAAAUACUCAAGAUUAAGGAUUAUUCACCGUGAUUUAAAGACCAGCAAUAUACUGUUGGACAGUGAGAUGAACCCGAAAAUUUCUGAUUUUGGCAUGGCUAGAAUUUUUGGGGACAACGACAGUAAAGGAAAAACGAAUCGGGUUGUUGGUACAUUUGGUUACAUGUCUCCUGAGUACGCCAUGGAUGGCCUGUUUUCUGAAAAAUCAGAUGUCUUUAGCUUUGGGGUGAUCAUAUUAGAGAUCAUAAGUUGCAAGAAGAACGUUGCCUUCUUUGAGACUGAUCAUUCUUUGAACUUACUUGGAAAAGUUUGGUAUUUGUGGAAAGAAGGCAAUGGCAUGGACUUGAUUGAUUCUACUCUCUGCGAUUCUUGUUCAAGCAGUGAAGUUAUGAGAUGCAUACAAAUGGGUCUUUUGUGCGUCCAAGAAAGAGCUAUGGAUCGACCAAAUAUGUCAGAUGUUGUUUCAAUGCUAAGCAAUGAAUCAAUUGCUCUGCCUGUUCCUAAAGAACCUGCAUUUUUGAAUCAGCUAAAUUCUGCUAAUACAGAUAUAUCUUCAAGUAAGCAAAGAUGUAGCUGUAACAAUGAUCUAACAGUUUCCUCAGAACAUGCCAGGUAGUCGAUUGGUAUUUCGUAUACUUUGCCGGUGAUAAUACUGCUGAAGUUGUAAUGUUGUAGAGUUUGUUUUAGUUGUAUCGAAGCUGUUACACAAUGAAAUGAAAUCCACAUUUUACCCUUC